UCUCUUCUGACGUUUUCAGCCAUGAUAGUCGCUUUUGUUCUCGCGGUAUUUCCGGGUACGCGGGAGCCCCGGCGACCCGGGCUUCUGUGAAACAUGGCGGUAGGCUGGGACCGUAACACAAGCAUGACUAUAUGAAGGAAGAGGAAGGUUUUCCUGAAGAUGAGGCGACUGAAUCGGAAAAAAACUUUAAGUUUGGUAAAAGAGUUGGAUGCCUUUCCGAAGGUUCCUGAGAGCUAUGUAGAGACUUCAGCCAGUGGAGGUACAGUUUCUCUAAUAGCAUUUACAACUAUGGCUUUAUUAACCAUAAUGGAAUUCUCAGUAUAUCAAGAUACAUGGAUGAAGUAUGAGUACGAAGUAGACAAGGAUUUUUCUAGCAAAUUGAGAAUCAAUAUAGAUAUUACUGUUGCCAUGAAGUGUCAGUAUGUUGGAGCGGAUGUAUUGGAUUUAGCAGAAACAAUGGUUGCAUCUGCAGAUGGUCUAGUUUAUGAACCAGCAGUAUUUGAUCUUUCACCACAGCAGAAAGAGUGGCAGAGGAUGCUGCAGCUGAUUCAGAGUAGGCUACAAGAAGAGCAUUCACUUCAAGAUGUGAUAUUUAAAAGUGCUUUUAAAAGUGCAUCAACAGCUCUUCCACCAAGAGAAGAUGAUUCAUCACAGUCUCCAGAUGCAUGCAGAAUUCAUGGCCAUCUAUAUGUCAAUAAAGUAGCAGGGAAUUUUCACAUAACAGUGGGCAAGGCAAUUCCACAUCCUCGUGGUCAUGCACAUUUGGCAGCACUUGUCAACCAUGAAUCUUACAACUUUUCUCAUAGAAUAGAUCAUUUGUCUUUUGGAGAGCUUGUUCCAGCAAUUAUUAAUCCUUUAGAUGGAACUGAAAAAAUUGCUAUAGAUCACAACCAGAUGUUCCAGUAUUUUAUUACAGUUGUGCCAACAAAACUACAUACAUAUAAAAUAUCAGCAGACACCCAUCAAUUUUCUGUGACAGAAAGGGAACGUAUCAUUAACCAUGCUGCAGGCAGCCAUGGAGUCUCUGGGAUAUUUAUGAAAUACGAUCUCAGUUCUCUUAUGGUGACAGUUACUGAGGAGCACAUGCCAUUCUGGCAGUUUUUUGUAAGACUCUGUGGUAUUGUUGGAGGAAUCUUUUCAACAACAGGCAUGUUACAUGGAAUUGGAAAAUUUAUAGUUGAAAUAAUUUGCUGUCGUUUCAGACUUGGAUCCUAUAAACCUGUCAAUUCUGUUCCUUUUGAGGAUGGCCACACAGACAACCACUUACCUCUUUUAGAAAAUAAUACACAUUAACACCUCCCGGGUGAAGGAGAAAAACUUUUUGCCUGAGACAUAAAACCUUUUUUAAAUAAUAAAAUAUUGUGCAAUAUAUUCAAAGAAAAGGAAACACAAAUAAGCAGAAAACAUACUUAUUUUAAAAAAGAAAAAAAAGGAAAAAAAAACCCAAACUGAAAUUCUAUAUAUGUUGUGUCUGUUACAAAUGUCCUAGAAGAAAUCAUGCAGCUAAACAGUGAAGAAGCCCAACUGGAGUAUUGCUUUGAAGAUGACGCCUUCUUAUAUUUUCACAGCAAAUGGGUGGUAUCAAAAUCAGACAUUGCUUCUUGGUGAUAAAAAGCCUGAAGGAAAUAAGUGAAACUACAUCUAUGGAAAAAAAAAAAAAAAACAAAACAAAACAUUGAGAAGUGCAAAUGUUUGCAUCUUUUGUUUUUAAAAGAUAUGAUGUCAGAAUAAAAUGUGGAAAACAUAUGGAAAACCAGUCUAGACUUUAAAGAAUUGUGAUCAGGUCACAUUUUUAAUAAUAAAAAAAAAAGAAAAACAGGGACUAGUUCCUAUGUUAUAGCCAUAUUAAUGUUAAGCCAUAUUAACAAGACCAAUUAUCCAAUAAUUUGGUCUUAAAAAGUAACUUCUUUGAACUCUGAUUAUUGACUUAUCUAACUGUUGAAGAUAGAGUCUUAGAAGACUAAAUUCUCACAGGGGCAGGUAUGCAGGUGUUAUGUAGCAAAGGUAUCAUUCACAAAUAGUAUAUAGAAUCUUAUACAGGGGAAAGAAAGCACUUUCUUAAAAAAAGAUGCCAAGUUUUUAAUCUAAUUAUAUUAUUGGUAUAUUUUGGAGGACAUAGGGUGAGUUAUAAAAAAAUCCACUACUGAUGGUGGAAAUUAUCAGUUUGUAAAACGUUAAGAGAAAAAUAGGAUAUUUUAUGUAUGUGGUGAGUGGAGAACAGGGUAACUUUAAAUGACAGUGUAAGGCAAAUUUUAAGCACCACAAGAUAUAUCAGAUCUGAGAGGUGGCAUGUUAAACAUGGUCCAUUAAACUGUAAAACUGGAUUAUGAAGUAUUUGCAUUCAGGGUGUCCUGAAUAUGAUUGAUUCUGUAUUAGAUUGUGUUCUAACUUUCUUACGAUUUAAGGAUUAGUUCUAAAUCUUCAGAUUAUAAAAGAUUAAAAAUAGUGAGAGGGAGCUAUCACACAGGUACUAUUAAAAGCUGUAUUUGGAAUAUGUGUGCCAAUAUCAGUUUUCCUUUUGUAAUACUGAAUGACAGUAGAAGAAUUAUCAACCAAUCUCCAAAGUUUUAAUCAUUUAAGGAAAUGGGGAAAGAAAAUUCCAGGCAAAUAACAAGACUGAAAGAUUAGAUUUAAAAUAGUGGUUUUAGAAAGUAGGAUAUCACAAGUAACAGUUUUUCAAAUGAAUUUUUUUCAAGAUAAAUGUAUAAAAACAACUAAAAUGGAGAGAAGGAGAAAUAGUGAUGGGUCUAUUUUGCAGUAAAGUUUGUGCAGAAUGAUAUUUUGCAGAAAAUAACAGAAGCAUCAUUAAUAUAUGUAUAUAUCAUUAAGAGUCAUGAAGUUAACUGAUGAAAAUAAGUGAUACACUUUGAAAGAUUUUUGCAUCCAGAAAAUUCUAAGUAGUGAAUGAGCCUUCUCUAGGUUUUGAUUUAUUUUUCUGAAGAUUAUUUCCAACAAAGUUUGGCUGUAAACUAACAGAACAUCUGUCAACAGGAAUCUUCAUAGGAAAGAAUUAGAAUUUAGACUGAUCGCUGCUCCUUCAAGUAUGCUUGUAAGAAAAUUCAAUAGUUUCAGGGCUUUUUCUAAAUGGGAGGGAAAACAAUAUUGAUUUAGGAUUAUUUUCUUUAGGAUUAGAUCAUUUUAAGUAUUAAAAAGGAUUUUAAAAAUUAUUUUGAUAUAUAUGAUUUUUGUUUUCAUAUUUUCCAAAUACCAUAUUAAAAUUUUAAUUUAUCUCCUAUGAAAGGAAUUUCUUUAAAGCAAAAUUCUGCUUUGCCAUUGAUUUCCAUAGGUUAAAGGCUUCCAUCUGAAACUCCUCAAAUAGAGUCAGAUUUUUGGCAGUGGAAGUAUUAAAAUUCCAACCAGCCCUUUGGAUGAUGAAGUUUACCUGCAUAUUAGGAUUUGUUAGGAGUUUUCGGCCUCACCAAGUGUUUCUUUUCUAUUGCAGAGAGCACUUUACUCACCUACCUAUUAUGCAACUUUCCCUAUGCCUGGAGGUGCCUCCAGAAAGGAUACCCUACUUUAUUACCCAAUUCCCCUUUUUGUUUUAGUAUUCAUGGCGUCUAUAUGUUUAUAUUCCAGACUACAUAUUUAAAAGUCUGAGACCUCAAAUUAUAUGAAAUGGAUUUUUUAAUACUAUGUUUGCAUACAUUGACCUAUAAAGAAGAUUAAAUAUUUAGGUGAAUAAUUCCCUGCUGCAGUAUUUGUACACUUCAGACUACCUCCUAGGAAAAGCUUAACUUAGUUUUACAAAAUUCCUUUUUUUUUUUUAAGAGAUGGGGUUUUGCACUGCUGCCCAGGCUGAAGUGCAGUGGCACGAUCAUAACUCACUGCAUCCCCAAACUCCUGGGUUCAAGCAGUCCUCCUCCCUCAAUCUGCUGAGUAGGUAGGACUACAGCCAUGCACCAACAACCUGGCUAAUUCUUUUUCAUUUAUAUAGAUAAUGUUUUGCUGUGUUGCUCAGGCUGGACUCCAACUCCCGGACCAAGUAAUCUUCCCACCUUAGUCUCCUGCAUUGCUGGGAUUAUAGGCAUGAGCCACUGCACCUGGCACCCAAGUUACUUCUAGUUCUCAAGUUAGAUGAUUAAUAUCACACUUCUCUCACACGUUUUAUGAUAGCAUUGAAUUUUUAUAAUUAAUUUACUAAU